CGGCCGACCCCCAGCAUGCGGCUGGGCUCCCUGCUGGCCCUGCUGCGGCCCGCGCUGCCCCUGCUGCUCGGCCUGUCGCUGGGCUGCAGCCUGAGCCUCCUGCGCGUGUCCUGGAGCCAGGCCGACGGCGAAGACCCCUGCGUGGAGCCCCGGGGGCCCAGAGCCGGUGGGCGGGACCCGGCCGAUGAGGACCUGGAGCCCCGCAUCGUGCCCUACUACAGGGACCCCAGCAAGCCGCACAAGAAGGUGCUCAGGACCCGCUACAUCCAGACCGAGCUGGGCUCCCGCGAGCGGCUGCUGGUGGCCGUGCUGACAUCCAGGGCCACGCUGCCCACCCUGGGCGUGGCGGUGAACCGCACGGUGGGGCACCACCUCCCGCGGCUGCUGUACUUCACGGGCCAGCGGGCGCGGGCCCCGGCGGGCAUGCAGGUGGUGGCGCUGGGCGACGAGCGGCCGGCCUGGCUCAUGUCCGAGGCGCUGCGCCACCUGCACGCGCACUUCGGCGCCGACUACGACUGGUUCUUCAUCAUGCAGGACGACACCUACGUGCAGGCCCCGCGCCUGGCCGCCCUGGCCAGCCACCUGAGCAGCGGCCGCGACCUGUACCUGGGCCGCGCCGAGGAAUUCAUCGGGGCCCCCGAGCAGGCGCGCUACUGCCACGGCGGCUUCGGCUACCUGCUGUCCCGGAGCCUGCUGCUGCGCCUGCGGCCCCACCUGGACGCCUGCCGCGGGGACAUCCUGGGCGCCCGGCCCGACGAGUGGCUGGGCCGCUGCCUCAUCGACUCGCUGGGCGUCGGCUGUGUCUCGCAGCACCAGGGGCAGCAGUAUCGCUCCUUUGAACUGGCCAAAAACGGGGACCCGGAGAAGGAGGGGAGCCCAGCUUUCCUGAGUGCCUUCGCUGUGCACCCCGUCUCCGAGGGAAGCCUCAUGUACCGGCUGCACAAGCGCUUCAGCGCCCUGGAGCUCGAGCGGGCCUACAGCGAGAUGGAACAGCUGCAGGCCCAGAUCCAGAACCUUUCUGCCCUGACCCCCGAGGGCGAGGCUGGGCUGAGCUGGCCCAUCGGGCUUCCCGCCCCCUUCACCCCGCGCUCCCGCUUCGAGGUGCUGGGCUGGGACUACUUCACGGAGCAGCACUCCUUCGCCUGCGCCGACGGGGCCCCCAAGUGCCCGCUGCAGGGGGCCAGCCGCGCCGACGUGGCGGACGUGGUGGACACGGCGCUGGAGCGGCUGAACCUGCGCUACCAGCCCCGCCUGCGCUUCCGGAAGCGGCGGCUGCUCAACGGCUACCGGCGCUUCGACCCGGCGCGCGGCCUGGAGUACACGCUGGACCUGCUGCUGGACGCGGAGACGCGGCGCGGGCACCGGCGGCCGCUGGCACACAGGGUGCGGCUGCUGCGCCCGCUGAGCCGCGCCGAGCUGCUGCCGGUGCCCUACGUGACCGAGGCAGCGCGCGUCCAGCUGGUGCUGCCCCUGCGACCUGCCGACAGCCCCGCCGCCCUGGCCUUCCUGGAGGCCUUCGCCACACGCCUGCUGCAGCCCGGCGAGCGCGCCCAGCUCAGCCUGCUGCUGGCCUACGGGGGCGCCCGCGGGGGCCCGGACCCUUUCGCGGCCGUGCGGGCGGCCGCGGGCGCCCUGGAGCGCCGCCACCCCGGGGCGCGGCUGGCCCUCCUGGCUGUGCGCGCCGACGCGCCGUCGCAGGUGCGCCUCAUGGACGCUGUGUCCAAGAAGCACCCGGUGGACACGCUCUUCUUCCUGGUGACGGCGGGCUCGCGGCCCGGCCCCGACGUGCUGAACCGCUGCCGCAUGCACGCCAUCGCGGGCUGGCAGGCCUUCUUCCCCGUGCACUUCCAGGAGUUCCACCCUGCCCUGGCCCCCCGCGACCCCGCCGCCCCUGCAGGGGACCCCUGGCGGGGUGCCGCGGCCACGGCGGGCCGCUUUGACCAGCUGGCUUCGGCGGAGGGCUGCUUCUACAACGCCGACUACUUGGCGGCGCGGGCGCGCCUGGCGCGGGAGCUGGCGGGCCCGGAGGAGGAGGAAGCCCUGGAGGGGCUGGAGGUGAUGGACGUGUUCCUCCGCUUCUCAGGGCUCCACCUCUUCCGCGCCGUGGAGCCGGGCCUGGUGCAGCCGUUCGCCGUGCGGGAGUGCAGCCCGCGCCUCAGCGAGGAGCUCUACCACCGCUGCCGGCUCAGCGCGCUGCAGGGGCUGGGGACGCGCGCGCAGCUGGCCGUGGCGCUGCUGGAGCAGGAGCAGGGCAACAGCACCUAGCACCCCGGGGCGGGGCGGGGUGGGGCGGGGCAAGCCCCCGCAGGCCGACUGACGGACAGAGCCCGUGGCUGUACCUUUUUAAUAAGUGUCAUUAAAAACGUCUUCUGUCAAA